CUAAUGGCCAGCGCUGUGCUUUGGGAACGCCGGGGUGGGGCGGGGCGGGGCGACUGUCAGCUGACUGAAGAGCCGAUUGCCUCGCGGGACAACGGUCGGCGACGCAGGUUGUGGUGGGAGCGGAAGAGCUCUCCCGGCGGGUGUCUGUGCAGUCGGCGAGGCAGAGGGCCGCCGCAGCACCAUGGCGACCACCGUCAGCACGCAGCGCGGGCCGGGCAGAACCUGAGCAAGAGGUUGUGCUCCCCAUCUGGCCACUAGGUCUAUGUCUCUGGGUCCUUGAGAGUGUCUGCUCUGGAUUCUGAGGUGUACAUUGGUGAACUCCCCCAGGACUUCCUCCGUAUAACGCCCACACAGCAGCAGCAACAGAUCCAGCUGGAUGCCCAGGCAGCCCAACAGCUGCAGUAUGGAGGAACAGUUGGCACCGUGGGUCGCCUCAGCAUCACCGUAGUACAGGCAAAGUUGGCAAAGAAUUAUGGCAUGACUCGUAUGGACCCUUACUGCCGCCUGCGUCUGGGCUAUGCUGUUUAUGAAACUCCCACAGCACACAAUGGUGCCAAGAACCCUCGCUGGAACAAGGUCAUUCAGUGUACAGUGCCCCCAGGUGUAGACUCGUUCUACCUUGAGAUCUUCGACGAGCGCGCCUUCUCCAUGGACGAUCGCAUAGCUUGGACCCACAUCACCAUCCCAGAGUCCCUGAAGCAGGGCCAAGUGGAGGACGAGUGGUAUAGCCUGAGUGGGAGGCAGGGCGAUGACAAGGAGGGCAUGAUUAACCUGGUCAUGUCCUACACGUCCCUCCCAGCUGCCAUGAUGAUGCCUCCUCAGCCUGUGGUCCUGAUGCCAACUGUGUACCAGCAGGGUGUUGGCUAUGUGCCCAUUGCAGGGAUGCCUGCUGUCUGCAGCCCUGGGAUGGUGCCCAUGGCCAUGCCCCAACCAGCUGUGGCUCCUCAGCCCCGCUGUAAUGAAGAGGACCUCAAGGCUAUCCAGGACAUGUUUCCCAACAUGGACAGGGAAGUAAUCUAUUCUGUGCUUGAAGUCCAGAGAGGGAACAAAGAUGCUGCCAUCAAUUCCUUACUGCAAAUAGGUGAAGAGUCCUAGACCUAUCUGUGGCCCUUGGCUUCACACCACUGACCCUUGGACUUGUCCACCCAGGGCUCCCCAGGGUCACCAUCCCCACAAGGUUCCAAUGAAAGACUAUCCACAUACCUCUUCCUUGGACAUCUGUGCCGCCCCUUCCCACAUAUUUCCGGGAUGCAUGUGGAUUUUUGGUUCUAGGCAGGCAGUCCUAAAUUGUUCUUGCUGGGGAGCAGAGUUAGGGGACAGUUCUUUCCUAAUCUCCAUCUGGGUAAUGGUGGCAUGGCCCUGUUACUGCACAGACCAGUGGUCCUGUUUGGGGACCUGCAUCUCCUGUCCUCAUCCUAUUCUGGAAAGCAUUCUUACAGAAAGGAACUGCCUCUGCUAGGAUACUAGAAAUUGUACAGCAUCCUUCUGAGUUGAUGGAUGGCAUGGAGUUACUCAGCCCAGCUGGGAUGGUUGUUGAGGGUGCACUGAGUUCAUGUGUACUUAUUUACAGGUUAUUUUUAGAACUUUCAAACGAAAAGCUCCUUCCCUCCUCUGAUGUUGUACGUGAACUGGGCCCCUCAGCUAGUCCUGGGCCAGUGAGAUAUGCUUCCCAGCCAUAUCCAGCAGGUCUCUAACCUUCUGUCUAGCUUACCUGCCACGGUCUGGCUAGGCUUCAGCCACAGAAAUCCAACUUGAAUACAGAAGGUGUCGAGACCUGGUGCUUGGUUGGCAAGGCCCUACCUUGGCCCUCACUGCUGGAGGCUGCUUUCCACCUUCUCUUGUUUAGUACCAGCAUUGGGGUCUUUCUCUAGGGGCUGUUCUUGUUGGUAGACCUUCAUCACAGAGCCCAGAGUCAAGUGAAGGUGAUGGGUGGGUGUGGCACUAUGUGCUUACUUCUAAACUUCAAGCAUUGUGACACUCCUGACCUGCAGUAUCCUCUGUGGACCCAUACUGGAGCUUGGCUUGAGGGAUAGGAAUCCAUGCUUAAAUUAAACUUCAUGAAGGUAGAGGUGCCUGUACCUGA